AUGUGUGACGUCACCCAUACCACCAGGCCUGAGUUACAGGAGCCGCCAUCUACCAGCAGGCCCAGGAGCCGCCAUCUACCAGCAGGCCCAGGAGCAGCCAGCUACCAGCAGGCCCAGGAGCCGCCAUCUACCACCAGGCCUGAGUUACAGGAGCAGCUAGCUACCAGCAGGCCCAGGAGCCACCAUCUACCACCAGGCCCAGGAGCCGCCAUCUACCAGCAGGGCCAGGAGCAGCCAUCUACCACCAGGCCCAGGAGCUGCCAUCUACCACCAGACCCAGGAGCCGCCAUCUACCACCAGGAGCCGCCAUCUACCACCAGGCCUGAGUUACAGGAGCAGCUAUCUACCAGCAGGCCCAGGAGCCACCAUCUACCACCAGCCAGGAGCCGCCAUCUACCAGCAGGGCCGAGCAGCCAUCUACCACCAGGCCCAGGAGCUGCCAUCUACCAUCAGGCCCAGGAGCCGCCAUCUACCACCAGGCCUGAGUUACAGGACACCACACCAGCGGCCCAGAGCAGCCAUCUCCACCAGCCCGGAGCCGCCAUCACACACCAGCCCAGGAGCCCCAUCUACCACCGGCCCGGGAGCCGCCAUCUACCACCAGCCCGGGAGCCGCCAUCUACCACCAGGCCUGAGUUACAGGAGCAGCCCUACCAGCAGCCAAGGAGCAGCCAUCUCCACCAGCCCAGGAGCCACCAUCUACCACCAGGCCUGAGUUCAGGAGCAGCCAGCUACCAGCGCCCAGGAGCACCAUCUACCACCAGGCCCAGGAGCCGCCAUCUACCACCAGGUCUGAUUUACAGGAGCAGCCAGCUACCAGCAGGCCCAGGAGCCACCAUCUACCACCAGGCCCGAGCCGCCAUCUACCACCAGGCCCAGGAGCAGCCAGCUACCGCAGGCCCAGGAGCCACCAUCUACCACCAGCCCGGAGCCCGCAUCUACCACCAGCCCAGGAGCCGCCAUCUACCACCAGGCCCAGACAGCACGACACCACCCAGCCCGGGACCGCCAUCUACCACCAGGCCUGAGUUACAGGAGCAGCCAGCUACCAGCAGGCCAGGAGCCACCAUCUACCACCAGGCCCAGGGCAGCCAUCUACCAAAGGCCCAGAGCCGCCAUCUACCACCAGCCCGGAGCCGCCAUCUACCACCAGGCCGGUUACAGGAGCAGCCAGCUACAGCGCCCAGGAGCCACCAUCUACACCAGGCCCAGGACCCGCCAUCUACCACCAGGCCCAUGAGCCCCAUCUACCACCAGCCCAUGAGCCGCCAUCUACCACCAGGCCUGAGUUACAGGAGCAGCCAUCUACCACCAGGCCCGGACAGCAGUCAACUACCACCAGGCCCAGGAGCAGCCAUCUACCACCAGGCCCGGCGCGACAUCUACCACCAGGCCUGA